AAGCCCGCAAACCAAAUCCCAAAAAGCGCAGAGACGAAUCAUCCAGCCAGUCAACGAGAAGAACUCCGACGCGAUUGAUUGCUUGUGUUGCCGUGGUAAUUCUGCGUGUGCGCCUUCUCUCUGAUUGGAGAAAAAGUAGUUUUUCCCUGCGAAGGAAGAAAAAAUUCUGUUCCAUUCCGGUUUCUUGGAGCCUAUUUUCGUUGUUGAAGCGUUAAAACAUACUAAUUGGAAAGAAUGCCUGCUGCAGUACCCGCAGAGAAUGGAGGCGGAGCCCCAAAGACAGAGCUACAGGAGCUGCAGCUCAAAUCGCAGCAAGUGGUGGAUGAAUCCCUGGACAGCACUCGGCGUAUGCUGGCACUAUGUGAAGAGAGCAAGGAAGCCGGGAUUCGCACCCUGGUAGCUCUUGACGAUCAGGGAGAACAACUGGAUCGAAUCGAGGAGGGCAUGGACCAGAUCAACGCCGACAUGCGAGAAGCCGAGAAGAAUCUCAGUGGAAUGGAGAAAUGCUGCGGCAUUUGCGUUUUGCCUUGCAAUAAGAGCGCAUCAUUUAAGGAAGACGACGGCACAUGGAAAGGUAACGACGACGGUAAAGUUGUGAAUAAUCAACCACAAAGAGUUAUGGACGACCGUAAUGGACUAGGACCACAAGCGGGUUACAUUGGAAGAAUAACGAACGACGCCAGAGAAGACGAGAUGGAGGAAAAUAUGGGCCAAGUGAACACAAUGAUUGGUAACUUGAGAAACAUGGCCCUGGAUAUGGGAUCUGAACUUGAAAAUCAGAACAGGCAGAUUGAUAGAAUCAAUCGCAAGGGAGAAUCGAACGAGGACCGGAUAAAGGUGGCAAACGAGAAAGCACAUUCGCUGCUCAAAUAAGCAGGGCGAUUCCAAUGCGACCAGGAUAGCAGCCGCAAACGAAAGGGCUCACAGUCUCCUGAAAUAAGCAACUCUACGGAGCAAGGAAAAGCGGUUGAGGUAUUUCGGCUAAGUUUGUAUGUAUGAUAGCAAGUGCAUCGCGAAUGUAUGUAAUAGCGAAGUGAAAGUGGAGAUCUCUACCAAAAUCAACCAAAAUGAUUAUAUUUUGCUUUAUUCUCUCAUUUUUGAAGUGAACUGUAUGUAAAAUAGAAUAUUGGCCCAUUAGGAACGGAGAAGUUUAUGUUAGACAUUUUAGAAUGAAAAUAAUUAUAAACUAGAAUACGUUUCCUCCAAACACAAGUGCUUUUUAAAAGCAAGACCUAAUUAGUGAUACCCAAAAGAUUUACGAAACCUAAUUUUCAAUUAAAGCGCCACAGGUGAAAAGAUCAUUGGACACUGUAAUCUUCUGAAUUUUAAGAGAAUCUCGAUAUGGAAGCACUUAACAAAUAAUAUGUAUUGCUAAAAUAAUCUUGUAUAAAUUACAAACCAGAUCCGCUUGUUAAAUUAUAUACAUAUAUACAAUAAAAUAUAUUAUGGAAAUAACAAAUAAAUAUUUCAGAUUCCAAAACAAACAAAAAAAGUUAAAAAAAAUAUAUACUAGCAUUUAAUGGAUAUCGAACAUUGCUUUAUACUUUUCGUAUAAUUUGAAUGAUGCUGAUCGUUGUGAGUGCAGUUCGAUUGUUAUAGUAGGUUGCAAAGCAAAGGAAUAAAAACAACAGUUAGGACAUAAAUAUCGUAUCUUGCAAAAUGCGACAGACAGCAACGAUGGAGCAGUUGGUCGAAGUUUCCACGAAGAAAAAAAAAAUGUUGGGACCAAUAUCCGAUGAGAUUAAAUGAAACCACAAACAUAUUUGUUGGUAAUAGUUACCGGAAAAUAGUUGUGUGGCGUGUUAAUCGGAAAACCGAUGAACGACAUAAUAGGUCCGCGCAAUUGUGUACAAAUAGUCGAUUUUCAUUCUCUCUGAAUCAAUAACUUCGAAUGAAACGGGAUAGUUUAUCAAAGGUAAUUGUGACAAAUAAAAAUGAUUUAAGAGCAAGAUUUACAUAAGCUUAAUUUUAGUACACUAACUGAUCUUCGAAUUGAAAUAAAUAAUAACUGUUUUUAGAAUCUUCUAACUACUUAAAUUCUGUAAAAUCAAUACGAUACGAUUGUCGUAUAUUCCGCAACCUACAAUGAAGGAAUGAAAAUAAUAUCGAUCAAGACUAUUCGUAACCAGUUGCGGUCCUAAAAUAAAAGAUCGGUUUUGCCCGACAUUUGUUGACAAGUCUUAGGAAAAAUUGUUACCCGUUUUUACGUUUUGAACGUUUGCGAAAUUAAGCAAGGGUAGUUAAAAUGAAGCAAUAUUGAUCUUUAUACCACUGAAUGUGCAUUUUGUGAUCGAAAAAUCAGAACUAAACAGUAAAUUAUCAUUUAAACUUGUGCCAUUACAAGAUAGGUUGACAUUCAUCAAGUUGUCGUUUUUGAGUCAGCAUAUGAAAUACUUGGUUGUCUACUCAUUUCCAUCACAGUGAAGUGUCCAGAAACGUCAAAUACAUUUAUUUUAUUAAUCGCAUGGGAAUGCUGUCCGUAAAAUUAUAACUGUCCCACAUGGAUGGGUCCUGAACUAAUAAGAAGUUUCAAUUAGCAUUUACUUUUGCAUUACACAUGGCCCUGGUCACAUACUUGUGACAAUUGGGAAUAGUUGGAAAAGACGUUUACAUCCAACCAUAGGUAGUAUGGAAUGUUGAACAAAUAUUCAACUGAAUUUAAGUUAGUAAAAUCAUAAACAUUUGUAUGCGAAUAAAGGAUAGUUAUGUUUUUAUGGGCAGUUAAAAGCAAAAUACACAUCCGUCUCAAACAAUUCUGUAACAGAAUCUGACUGGGCUCUGAUCACAUUAAAGCAUGAUGUAUGCAAUAUUAAUUGUUGAGUGGAUAUUUAUGCUUAUGAUUACGAUUUAUGGCUUAUAAUUACAAAUCCGCCACAAAUGUAACGAUCAUGUGAAAUGUUUUUUUUUAUGAUUUCAAGACAGUACAGAAGAAAGAGAUUUUGGUAAGUUAUGACUUUUUAAUUUUACGAUUAAAAAAAUACUGCACGUCGGUGUCAGAAGUUGACUCACUGAAUUACCUACCUUAAUGUAAAAUCGAAAGUUCUUAUCCCUGAAUUAAAAAAGUAUCAAAAUGCAUUCCAAAACAAUAACAUUUGUCAAAGUAAUUGUUCAUCCAUUCGUCAUAUAUAUCAGCGUAAUUAUCAUUUUUACCCACCGAAUGAAAUAUAUGUAAUUCGAACAAGAUACUUGAUUUUGGAUUGAGAAUUAAACUAAAAAUAUAUCAAAAAGUGCACUCGGAGUUCUUAACUACUGAUAUUGCAGUAAACAACCAACAUUGUUUUCAGCCUUCCAGAACUGAAUGCUAUAGUAUUCCCAGAAAACACGUACAGAUUGGCAGACAAUUUAUCUCCUAGAAUACUGAUUCCUGUUAAAAAAAACUGUAAUUACAUCAAGGAAGUGUCUAGAAAUCUUCCAGUAAGUUCGACAUCUAAACUGUCAGGCAAUAAAAAGUAUCAAAAUAGAUUGAACGGCACCUAUUUUAAUUUUCUAUAUUACAAGGUGAUAGAAGUGUAUUAACAAGAAAAAGUAUCUCUUCUAUGCAAUCAAAUACAGCAGUUUGACAGAGGAAACUUUUAAAUAUUAUCACUUUUCCGUGCAUGUAAUAGAAAUUAACAUCACUAACAAAUCCUAACGACAUCAACUGGGUUUAAAUAUCGUUCAUUUCAUAUUGUUGUGAUUAACAUAUGUUGUUUCGAAAAAAAGUGCUUUUAAAUCCCUUACUUAAGUUGAAUGACUGAGAUCUCGAUGAUCGUGGAAGUAAUUGGGGUCACAAUACCUCUUUAAAGUUAUCAUAACACCCUGGUAACAUUGUGGAAAGAAGAGAAAGCAUUAGAGCAUCUGUGAACUUAUUCAACCACUAAGUUUACUCAAACGUUUUGAGUUAACAUGGCACAUAGGACCAUAUAAAAUCUAGACCUUUUCGGCGAUUAGUGGAAUCUCUUGAAAAUAAUUCAGAAUGAAAACUGGAAAAACCUUAGGCGAAUACCUGAAGUAUCCCCUGGGGGAAUGUCUGCAGAACAUAUUUGAGGAACACUCGCAGGGAUCUUUGAUGGAAUUCAGAGUGUAACUGUUGGAGGAAUUUCUUGCGAAAAAUUAUCCCAAUUAUCUCUGGAUAAAAUCUAGAAAAAGUUCCUGGCGCAAAGUUCUAGCAGAAUCUAGUCAAGUACAAUAAAUCAAAAAAACCUGUGCUGUACUAUGUACAACAGCGCGACUAUUGAAGCGUUAAUUAUCUUUGAUUAAUAUGUGAAUUGUUCUACCGAACACCGAUAUAUGUGUCAAUACAUAUAAUUCAGUUUGCAAAUGGUUGAGCUAUAACGCCUAAAAUAAAUCUUAAGGUUAUAAUAGUUAUAGCGUAUGAAAUGGAUUCUAUUGCACAAAUGGUUGCUCUUCUCUCCGCAAUUUAAAUAAUUUAUCGAAUUCUCACUUUUGAAUGUUCCUUGUUUACCAUAAUGAUCUUUAGUGUGUAUAAUUAAUUCGUCGUUGAGUUAGUUUUAUUGAGAAGCCUGUUGUAUGUUUUUGAAAACUAAAUAGUACUGAACGAAUCCGUAAGUGUGUUUAACCUGGGAUUAACAUAAUUACUUAUGUUUACUUUUUUUGUUUUGUACAUUGUUGUAGGUUUUCUGUUUUUUGUUAUAUAUUCCUAUUUUCGUUUAUGUUCAAAUUUUACAUCAGGUUUUACAUUUUUGUUUAUUUCUUAUUUCAAAGGGCGACGACAAUACGACACGACUUGAAGAAGCCAGCAAGAGAACUGGUCAGCUGUUACGAAGCUAACGUGGAAAGGUUCGUUAUUAUGUUUUGUUAUCUUUGUCCCAAUUUUAAUUGUUUAGUGGUGCUUUUAUUUUCUCGAAACUUUGUAUAUCGACACGCAUAUAAUUCGUGGCCAACAUAAGCUUUCAAUAUUAUACAAUCCAAUGCCUAAUAUUAUACACACUGAUAGUAAUGAAACAUGAGCGAAUAAAUGCAGCAUCCUAUGUUAUAUUUGUGAAACAAUUUAUGCAUUGCGCGUAAUUAAGCAGGUUAAUAACAUUAUAUACCUUUCAAAUGCCACUAUAAUUUUCUUAGAAUUUUCAAUUGAAAAACGAUAAAUACAAAUAGCCAUCAGUUAUUGGAUUGAAAAGUAAGAACCAUAUCAUAUUCAAUACACUUUAUACUAGAAAACAAGAAAAACUAUUCUGCUUUGCAUUAUGCAAAAUUCUGAAAAAAUGUUCAUUUUUGUAAUUAGAUUGCCACCUUUCCUACGGCUUGUUGUUCAAGUAUUAAAAACUUUUGUUUUCAAUUGUUUUUGUGUCAAACACUGCAAUUGUCAGAGUAGCAUUCGAGUAAAAGGAAUUUGGUCCAUUAAUGCUCACGUCAUCCUGGACGUAGAAUAUCACUUCCCUUAAUGUCGCACUUUGCUAGCAAUAAUUAUAGUAAAAUGAGAAAAAAAAACAAACAAUUGUGAUAAAAGCGUAAGAGGAAAAAAUAUAUGGAAAUGUGACCCAUAAAAACGAAAUGAAGGAAAAGCAAGUUAGAUCAUAAACAUCAACGCCAGGGCGGAAUGCCUUUCCUGCCUAUUAGUCAACCCUGACAUUCGAUUCUUCGAAACAUUCUUGGCCGAGUGGAAUAAGUCUAGAAUCUAGGAUGAAAUUACUACAAUCGUUAUUGCUUUAAUUUUUAUUAAACAGACUGUAAGCACAAUAAAUCGUCAUGACCUUUCCUUCAGAUCAAUUUGUGUUGUUUCCUUAACUGUUGCAGUACAUAUUUUGCGGAAAAUUUUGUCUGAGAUUUGCAGUUUGCGAAAAAUUUCUCGCGAAUCAAUGUUUUCAGUAGUCAAGGUUUUGUUUGUCACAUUAAUAUUAUACAAAAUUCAAUCGAAUUACGAUCAAAUUUUUGUUGGUGGCUUUGGACAUUGAAUAUAACCAAACAUUUUAUCAUAUUCGAUGACCCACUCUAAUAUGGCAGUUAAAAUCUGCUGUACGUAUUGCUAAACAAUUCAAAAUUGGAGAAUCAUAUUUAUAACUGUAUAUCUAUUCCAAUCGGGUGAUAAAUCGAACGUGAUAAAAAUAUUUUUUGAAAAAUAUUCGGCUCUGUUCUGUGUUUUAGUUUUACUAAUAAGUGAUAGUUCAUCUUACGUUCGCCAAAGUAUGAACAACUCAAAAACUUUUAUUCUCCUAACUCAAAGCUGAAUUUAAAAGUUUUUUUUUCACAUUUUUCUUCGUCGUGUGGGAGUUGGAUGCUCCUUAGCGGAUGCAUAACGACUAAGGACGUUCGUUCUAACAUUCAUUUAGAUGCCUACAGGGCUAAAGAGUCAAAAUAUUCAUAACCUGUCGUUCAACUGUUUGAAAUAUGCUGGAAACUACAGUGGCAUUAUAUCGCGGUUGACCUGUAUCUGUUGCCAGGUGAUCGCAGACUCACCGAUUUUUUAAUAUAAUGCAUCAAGUCUAAGGGACUUGAAUAACAUAAAAUAAACAUCAUAAAAUUGAUCCCACCAAGAAUUCUGUUCUAAUAAUGAAUCAAUUUUCUUUAACGUUUGAGUAAUGCUUUGGUGUCGUUUUAUUCAGUCUAUUGAAAAAAAUGUAAAAAUCGACCGCGGAACUCGGUCAAGAUUCCACAAUAUAAGUGCUGUAUCAUAAGCAACUAUCUACUACUUUGAAUCACCGUUAUACUUACCGUCAAACUAUUUGAUCUAAAUCGCACGCAAAUUGAAACCAUGUGUCAAACAUUAUUAACUAUAGAAGCACUUGGCGCUAAGCAAGUUAGCUACUCAAAACGAGUUUGAAGUGUAGGCUACUACCAGCAAUAGGAAAGUCUUAGGCUGAUUUCUAAAGGAUUAACUUAAAUCAAGAUGAGAAACAUGAGAUACUAGGGCUAGCCGAGAUCGGCAAAUUACCACAAACAAACACACACACACACACACACACACACACAUAAAAAGAUAUUUAAUGCUUUACGAUAAACUCAUCUCUUGUUGUCUUUCGAAACUCUAUGUGUGUUAUAGCGAGUCCAAUGAGAUUGUUAAACAAACAAAAAGGAGAAUGAAAAACACUAUUCCUGAUGUAUUACACCUAAACUCUAGUCCACGGUUUUGUACUUUAUUUUCGACGUUUUUAAUAUUUUUCCCAUUUGCAAUAAACGUCCUCAAAUAUCAAAUCGAACAAUAGCAAUCCGACAAUUACUGUUUCUGAGAUUAUCGAAAAUCCACCCUUCUAGUAGAGAGGAGCGAAUGACUUUCACAAAUUGUAGAGACAAACUAUUAUAUUACGCUAGAACAGAAAUGCUUAAAUAACGAACAAAUCUAUAAUAAGGAAAUGGAAAGAAAGUCGCCCUCUGUUCAUA